AUGAAAUAGUCGUAAAAUUAAACAUAAUUUUUAGAGCUUUAACAAAGAAUUUCAAAAACUUUUUCAUGUAUCUUUGAAGAGUCCCCAUCUAAAUAACAUAAAUAACUAGCUAAAUAUUGCAUUUAGUUGAAUUAUGAUAUAAUGAAUUUUAUCAUGAUAUUCAAUAAUGACUAAUAAAUUGAAAUGGCUAUCAAUUUUAUUAGAUUUUUCAAAUAGGAAAUACAAAAUCAUAUUAAAAUGAAUGUAUAAACAUUAUAAAAAUACCAUAGAUUAUCCCCAACCUUUCCAGUUAUAAUUUCAAAGAUAAAAACAUAAGUUUUUAAAAUCUCUAAAAUUUUAUUCAAAUUUAUCAAAAAUACAUAAGUAAAUCAAAUUUUCUAUUGGCCUCAAUUAAUUGUGCUGUAAGUUAAAUUUUAAUUAAAGAUUAAUAUUUCACAUCCUAAAAAUCCGAAAGAGAAACUUUAAAGUAUUUUGAACUAUUUGUUUCUAGAGAAAAUAUAUUUAUUAAAAAUCGUUGAGCAAUUAUUUGAUAAUUUUUUAUAGACAACUGAUAUUGUCUAUCAAUUAGUUUAAAAUAAUUAAGAUUCCUGGUAAAAUAUACAAUAAGUAUUAAAAUAAUUUGCAAAUAUUAUUAUAAAUUUACAAUAGAACUAAACAUAAUUUAAUAUUGAGGCAGAGUUUUAAGAGAGUAUUCAAUCUUAUUUUACAAAAAAAUAUUAAGAAUAAUAUAAUAAAUGGAGUUAAUAAGUUGAAAUGCCACUUUAUUUAAGAAAAGUUAAAAUGGAAUUAUUGUAUAAUGAAAAAAUACUAAAUUUUGAAAAUGAUUAAAUUAAAUAAAUAGUUGAUUCUUUGUUAAAACAGAAUCUCCUUACUUAAUAUACACAUUAUCUUUUCUCAAAUUAAAAUCCAAUUAAUCUAGAAUUACUUCUUGAGAAAUUUAACUAUCAAGAAGGGUAACAAUUAGAGGAACUACAAUUGUUAGAUGAAUUAUAUUUAUCUUUGUAACAAGAUGAUUAAUAAAUAAAAAUGAAAAUCAAAUAAAAAAUUAUUUAAGAAGGAGAGCUCAGAAUAUUGAUGAUAAUAGAUUAAGAAAUUACAAAAUAAUUGGCUCAUUCUUUCAUUAAUAACUUUACUUAAUUACAUUAAAAAUAUCGAAAAAUGAUUGAAACUUGUUUCAAAGAUAAAAGUUAUUUUAAUUAAAUAUUAAUUAGUGCAUUUGAGGAAUUAGUUAACAGUUAGUUAAAUGUAAAAUAUUAAUCUUUUUUAUCAUUUUAGAAAUUUGAUUUUGGAGAAUUAUUAAUCUUUUUUAUAGAAGUAGAAAUAGAAAGUAUUAUCAAAAACGAAAAUUGGAACACUUUAUUAUUAGAUGUCGUAUAUUUAUUUUAAUAUAUAAAUCAAUUCCAUAAUUUUUUAUUCGUAAAUAUAUUUCAGUAAUUUUAGUAUUAUCAAAAUAUGUUGGCGCUAAGAUUAUUUAAAUACUUUAGAAUUUUAAAAUAAAAUGAUUUUUUUUAGUCUUACUUAAAAAUAGAAUGCUAAAUAAUUUAAAAUAUUGAGGCCAUUUUAGGAACUGCAACCCUCUAAUCUUUACGAAUAAUGAUAUAAGAAUUCGUUAAUAAUAAUUUUACAAUAUAUGAAUUUCUAACUGAGAACAAAAAAAUUUUAUAAGCCUAAAAUCCCUUAUUAAUAACAGAAAAUAAUUGGCCUAAAUUUUAAUAAUUUAAUAUAGAAUUAAAUAUUGAAUUUAAUGAAAUUACUAAACUAAAGAAAUACUACGAAUCUUAAUAAGAAAAUAAAUAGAUUCUUUGGUUAGAUUUUUUGUCAUAUGUUGAAAUUGAGCAUUCAAUUAGUAAAUAAAGAAUUUUAAUGAGUAUUCCUUAAGCAAUAAUCUUAUUUGUUUACUAAUAUGAAAAUGAAUUUAAGAGUAUUUAAAUGAUAUCCUAAAUAACUAAGUUAGAUUAUAACUUUAUUUAAAAAAACUGCUCUUUGAUGAAAGAUGUAAACAUUUUGGAAGAAGUUGUUUAACAGGAUUAGAAUUUAUUUAGGUUAAAUUAAGAUUGGUUAGAUUUAAAGGAUUCAAAAAUAGGAAAUUAAAUAACAACUAAUUCAUAUAUUCCUAUAUUAAAGUUAAAAAAAAGUACUCUAUUCUUAUUAUUGUAGAAAAAUCAAAGAGAAAUUUAAGCAAUCCGGCCAAAGCAUAAAUCAUGAAAAUAUUAAAGAUUUAAAAAGAAAUAAUAUUUUAAGAUUUGUUUUAGAUUGUAUAAGAAAAUAUAAAAAAAUCUUUAAAAGAGGAAGUCAAUUUGGCUUUGAUAAAAUAAGUAAUCGAAGAAUUAAUAGAAAAUAAUUAUUUAGAAAGAAAUACAUCCAACCCAGAUUUGCUUAAAUAUGUUUGA